CCGUCCCCGCCCGCGCCGGCGGCUCCGCUCCGGGCUCGGGCACAGUCCCCGUCGCUGCUGCUGCCGCCGGGCUCCGCCUCAGCGCCGGGAGCUGCGCCCAGAGAUAAGAGGAGGUGAAUCGCGUAUCCUUUCAGCAGCCUUCUGUUAAACUUGGAAUACCACAGUUCAAGCAAUUGAACAGAUGGAUAAUGGAGACUGGGGAUAUAUGAUGACUGAUCCAGUCACGCUAAAUGUGGGUGGACACAUGUAUACGACCUCCCUCACAACUCUAACGAGAUAUCCUGACUCAAUGCUCGGGGCCAUGUUCAGGGGAGACUUCCCCACUGCCAGGGACUCUCAGGGCAAUUACUUUAUUGACAGAGAUGGACCACUUUUCCGUUAUGUUCUUAACUUUUUAAGGACCUCAGAGCUCACUUUGCCACUGGACUUCAAGGAGUUCGAUCUCCUCCGGAAGGAAGCGGACUUCUAUCAGAUUGAGCCGCUAAUUCAGUGUCUUAAUGACCCCAAGCCACUGUAUCCUGUGGAUACCUUUGAGGAGGUGGUGGAGCUGUCCAGCACCCGGAAGCUUUCCAAGUACUCCAACCCAGUGGCCGUCAUCAUCACACAGCUCACGAUCACGACGAAAGUCCACGCGCUACUGGAAGGCAUUUCAAACCACUUCACAAAGUGGAACAAGCACAUGAUGGACACCAGGGACUGCCAGGUUUCCUUCACUUUUGGGCCAUGCGACUACCACCAGGAAGUGUCGCUCCGAGUCCAUCUGAUGGAGUACAUCACAAAGCAAGGCUUCACGAUCAGGAACACCAGAGUUCAUCACAUGAGCGAGCGUGCCAAUGAAAACACAGUGGAGCAUAACUGGACUUUCUGUAGACUGGCACGGAAAACAGAUGACUGAUUCUGACUCCACAGGAGCCACUUCAGUGAUUAGCAACUUAAUUGGACAGCAAACCCAAGAGAGUCUGGAUUUUGACUAAAGCAACAAUGUGGGCUUUUUUUAUACAACUAUUUAUUGUUUAUCAGUAAGGACUGGAGGAGUUUCGUUCUCUAGCAGCUCUGUUCUUUUGUCCUGAUCAGAAAAAAACCGUGCAUGUGCCUGUUCAGUCAAGACACCUUUUUGUUUGAAAGAGGGAGUCCGAAGAAUUAGUACAAUAGGGUAUUUUGUGUCAUUAACACAAUUCUCUGACUCGACUCAAAGUGCUAAAAUUACCUCUGUCUAAAUGGUUUCUAAUCCAUCUAAUGCUAUGACACUGGGAGCAAGAAACAAAAAGAAUUUAAAAUGCAGUUGGGGAGAAGCUGCUAUUGUGUAGACUAAUUUAGUUUCUAAAUCAAUAAACAGUAUUGUAAUAUUCUAGGAAAACAAAUCCCACCCUUUAAAAGUACUUGAUAAGUACAGUUUCUUACAGUUAUGACAACUGUUUCUUUCUAUGCAUAUAAAUCAAGCAACCAAAUAUUAUCUGUAGCCAUGGAAAUAUGAUUAGAAAUAUUUAUAUUGGAUUCUAAAUGCAAAAUGUCCCUGUGGUAGAAUUCAUAUUUUUAAUGCCUGGUGCAAUAUUAUUCCCAAGUGUAAUGCCUGCCAGCAAGAAGCUAAUAAAAAUGUGAAAUACAGAA